AUGGCACAUUAUAUGGCAUUAGGAAUGAGUAAAGAUAUGCGAAUGGGUGAUGACACAGUAAUCGAGUGCGUGAUUGGUGUUGAUGGAGUGGGUAAAGCGUUUGUUUCGUUCAACGACGAGACAAAUAACAAACAACUGCUACAGGUAAUACGAGAUUUCUUAAUGCAUGACUCGAUGUCGUUCAACUCAUGCUAUAAGUGCUAUGAAUUUGAGUCAUACAUUCAAUUGCAGGCGUCUGAGGUGAUGCUAACUGAAACGUCGUCGUUCGUUGAAGAUGGUCAUAUGAUUUGCAAUAUGAAGUGGAUGUUUAAUGGACGAGAUAAAGUCGACAGGGCUGAUCUCUUCAAGGUGUUUGAUUUGGAGUCACAGAAGUGGAAUCUCCUCUUCGCGAGAGGAAAUGCGGAUAGAAGAAGUAAGAAUAUAACACUGAGUUCGAAGCUGUUACUUUUAGGUCUUCAGAAAGAGAUACAUUCUGUUAACGAUGGCAAUUUGUUUCCGUGGAUAUCUGUGCAGCAAGUGGAAUUUUGUCGAAGUAAUUGUAGUGGUGAUCAAAACGUUAUCGUGAAUGAUAUGAAACAAACUGACGUAUCACGAUAUUGGCGCUAUAGGUUUGCUGUUAUGCAUGGUAUUUUUCUUUUAAUUGCCUGGUGGGUUCUUGGCUCAUCGGCAAUUCUUAUGGCUCGUUAUUUCAAACCAAUAUGGCCACGAAAAAAAUUGUUUGGUACCGCUGUUUGGUUCCAGGUGCAUCGAGACUUGGCAGUGGCAUCGGUUUGCUUACAGGUGAUUGCAGUGUUUCUAAUAAUUUAUCAAGCUGGACGGCUCUACGAAUGCUCAUAUGAAUGCGGAUCUGAUGAUUGGUCUAAAAAGAUGCACGUUAUAACGGGUAUUAUCGCGACUGCAUUGGCUAUAAUACAACCACUGAUUGCGUUUGUAAGGCCUGGACCUAAUUCACGUGCUCGUUACGCGUUUAAUUGGAUACAUUGGUUCAUUGGUAUGAGCGCUUGGACUUUUGCGUCAGCAACAAUGAUAUUAGCUGUCCCAAUGGGAAAAACUGGUUUGAUGCGAGUUUAUGGUCAUGCGCCAACGUGGAUUAUGGCUAUUUACAUAAUCAUCUUUCUUCUGUGCAAUAUCGCUCUCGAGAUACUAUCAUCAAGCUCUGAAAGGAGAUUCGAAAAACUUGGUAUCAUUCAUACAUGCCUGAGUGGCAUGGCUUUGGGUGUGAUUAACGGACCAACUACUGAAAGUCCUGUCGCUAGACCAAUGUAUCCUCCAGCACGAUUAUUCGUUUUUGGAUUGCACUUGGUUGUUGCAAUUGGUGUUACGUUAACGAUGACUGUUAUGCUCGUUAAAAUACUUCUUUCUCAUUCGCCAUAG